AUGGAGGUGGAAUGGGAAUGGGAGGUUGCGGGCCCCCUCCACGUCGACACUAUGGCGGUGGGAUGGGUACGGGUGGCGGGGGUUUUGGACAAGGAGGCUGGGGAGGGGCCCCAGGCGGUGGUUAUGGUGGUGGUUAUGGCGGUGGUUAUGGCGGUGGUUAUGGCGGCAGGAGACCCGGAGGAUUUGGUGGAGGCAGAGGACGACGAUGCUAAAGAUCAACAUCAGGAUCAACCUCAGAAUCAACCUCAGGAUCAACCUCAACCGGUUUCUUCAUCUAAGCAAAUUGCUACCUCCCUACGGAGAUGGAGCAGCUCUGCGUUUCCCUCACCCGUGCCCCAUUUGCCCUGGACUCAUUCACCUGCAAUCACCCCCGACAGCGGCCCCUUGUUUGAUUUCCUCAGGUCAACCUUUCUUCCUCAGCUCAUCCGUCCCGCCACCGAUGGUACGGUCACUCAUGGCUUAAAUCGAGAAACCAUGUUACUCGCUCUAGGCCACCCCUUCUGCAUGCAUGCCCUCCUCGCGUGUUGUGGUGCCGAGAUGCCCCCGGGUGUCGAAAGCUUCCGUCACUUGGCUCGCUUCCACUACACCAGUGCGGUGGCUGGUCUACGCGAUAUACUCAAUGAUACCCAUCUGGCACCCCGAUGGGUCGUCGCCAUGUUAACCAUCAUGAUGCUGUGCAUCUACGAGCGUGCAAAACCCAAAGGCUCAUCAGGGGUCGGAAUUCAUCUAGCGGGAGCAGCCAAGCUAAUCGCAUUCUAUUCUGGCGGUUCCGAUUCCGAUUCCGAUUUCAACCGCGAUGAUGACCACCUAAUUUCAAGAACAGAAGGCGCAAUGCAUCGCCUUGUGCGAGAAUCCUUCAUCUUUCAUGUCGCGACGAGCUUACCUUUUCAGGAGAGCGAUGCCCAUCCCGCGGAGAUCGAGACCGCUUUGUCCUUGGCGGAGCAGGCCAUCAGCCAACAUUUUCACCCCAACACCCUGUCCCAUUCCGAUUCCCCCGUUCUUGGAUUCCCGCCACAGCUAUUCCGAUGCAUUUAUACGGUCUAUCGUCUCUACCGCUCCUCGACCAGCCAGGGAGUCAGCAUGGAAACCCGCCGGGCGCUCGAUCGAGAUUUACGGCAGUGGGACCAACGUAUCAAGGCGCGCACCAAAGGGCCAGCCGAGGAGGAUAAUUCACCGAGAAGCAGCCGGGACAGAAAAGGUCUCCAAAUUACCGCAACACCUCUUCCGCCGGGUGACAAGCUGAUUGACUCCUGCUUGGGUCCGAUGUUGUAUAUCCUUGGGUCUCGGCUACUACUCCGACGUAUGCGAGGGCCGGGACAGGCUCAAUUAUCCCCGGCAAUCGAUCAAUUACUCCCAGAAGGCAUGGAGAUGGUGCGCCAGCUGCAGCCUGAUGAAGACUAUUAUGCCGACUACUAUUGCUGGCCACUUCUUGCAAUCGGAAUGCAUUUGAAAUCUGCGCCCGACCGGGAGUUGUUGCUUCGCCAAGUGUGGGCGUUCUGGACAGCGACCAACAAUGGAACAAUGCGACGACUCGCCGACAUGCUGGACUUUUUGUGGCGAUGA